AUAGACAUGCACCCCACAAUCUAUUCUACCAAAUAACAGAUACUAAAGAAGAAAAAAGACAAACCCCACUAUUUUUCUCUUCUCUCUUCACAAAUCCAAAAGGCCAAAACACAAAAAAGCCUCCUAAAUCAGAAGAAAAAGGAAAACCCCAUUUCUUGUUUGCUCAAUUACAUUACAAAUUUUUUGUUGUUGUUGAAGAAAAGAUUUGGAUUGUCAAAAUGGUUAGAGCUUUGAUUCAGCAGCCAAGUGUUCAGCAGUCAAGAUCAUUUCAAUUGAAAAGAGUGGUGGAACUUCCUGGAAGACAAGCUCAUAGUUUGAUUUUGGAGAGUGGACAAGAAGGUUCAAGAGAUUCUUCUGAACCCCAAAAAAUUGGAUGGGCUUUGGGUGACACUAAAGGUCCUGUUUCUUGUCUCGAUGCACAUGGUGGUAUUAGAGCAAGAGGUCUUCGAUGUCAACCUAAUUCAGAUUUGGAUUUGAUGAAAGCAAAAUUUGCAAAACUGCUUUUGGGUGAGGAUAUGUCAGGAGGUGGAAAGGGUGUUUCUUCUGCUCUGGCUUUGUCCAAUGCCAUAACAAACCUAGCAGCGUCUACUUUUGGAGAGCAAAAGCUUGAGGCUCUAUCUCCGGGGAAGAAAGCAAGAUGGAGAAGAGAAAUAGAAUGGUUUUUAUCCGUAACCGAUCACAUUGUUGAGUUUGUCCCUUCAAAACAAACGUCAAAGGAUGGAAUAGAUAUGGAGAUCAUGGUGACUUUACAAAGGAAAGAUUUGCUCAUGAACAUUCCAGCACUUAGAAAACUUGAUGCCAUGUUACUUAGUUACCUGGAUCAAUUUGGGAAACUACACGAGUUUUGGUAUGUAUCAAGAGAUGAUGAAUCCGCUAAAGAUGAUACACAACGAAACGGAGACAAAUGGUGGCUACCAGCAGUAAAGGUACCUCCAAGCGGGCUAUCGGAUGUUACUCGAAAAUGGCUGUUGUUUCAGAAGGAAUCUGUGAACCAAAUUUUAAAAGCAGCCAUGGCUAUAAAUGCUCAAGUGUUGACAGAAAUGGAAGUGCCUGAGAGCUACAUUGAGUCUCUCCCUAAGAAUGGAAAAACGAGCUUGGGUGAUUCAAUCUACAGGAGCAUAACAGAUGAUUAUUUCAAUCCAGAGCAAUUCCUAAAGUCAAUGGACUUAUCAACAGAACACAAAGUGAUUGAUCUUAAGAACAGGAUUGAGGCUUCAAUUGUUAUAUGGAAGAGGAAAAUGCAUCACAAGGAUGGAAAGUCUUCAUGGGGUUCAGCAGUGAGCUUUGAGAAAAGAGAGAUUUUCGAAGAGAGAGUUGAAACCAUCUUGUUCUUAAUUAAACAAAAAUUUCCAGGGAUUUCUCAAUCUGCUCUUGAUGUAUCCAAAAUCCAACAUAGCAAGGAUGUAGGACAGGCAAUCCUAGAAAGCUAUUCAAGGGUAAUAGAAAGCUUGGCAUUCAGCAUCAUGUCAAGGAUUGAGGAUGUACUUUAUGCAGAUACCGUUGCUCGAGAGUCAUUGAUCGAGGAAUCAUUGGAGAAUCUUUCUAUGAAUACAGAGAAACGGCUGAGUUCAAGUGAUUCCCACUCUUCAAAAACACUUUCAGAUUUCAUGGGUUGGGAAGUUGAGAACGACAGUUCUUAUAUAAGAUCAUUAGCCAUUAAAGAAAGUUACUGUAAAGGAGAAGAAGACAUAAAUAUGAACAAACCUGCUACUGUUGCAACACCAAAAAGAUUGUCUUAUUUAGAGAAGCUUGAGAGUUUAGCUUUAAGAAGUCCAACAGCUCGCCACUAAUGGAAAAAGUAGAAAGUAAAAAAGGAGGUAAAAAAGGAUGUGUAGAGGAAGGUAAUAGUGUGAAGUUUUGGAAGUUCAUCCAAUGUAAAAAUUCAGACCCAUAUAGGAUUUUAUUAACCUAUUCUUUUGUCUGGUUUCCUUCCUUCCUUUUUGCAAAGGAAAGAGAAGUUAUUUUUUUUUAACCUAGGGGUUUGAAUCAUUUGCAAUGUAAAUUCUUUAUAGUUGUAUUAACAUGAAGCUAAUCUAACAUCUUCAUAUUAUUUAUUUAUCUAUUUCUUUUCUAGUGAGUA